GCGUUCCAAUGUAAGUACCCACAGACUACCGGUACCCAGAGAGAUCUUAUCAUAUCACAGGUUUUUAUUUCCUUUUCUUUCCCCCGCCAUUUGCAUGCAUGUUCCCACUUCUUCAUUGAAACUUUGACUCUUGCCAGAUUUACCCUUAUAGAUAGAACGUCAAGUUUGUAUAGUUUAUAGAUCUUCCAAGGCAUGAGAUGGGUUAACAAGCUGAGGACCAGGGAAAUUUUCACUUUUGUCUUGAAGUGACCAUUGGAUUAUAGCAAGAAAGUCGAUGCUCUCUACUCUACGUUCAUCAUUUCUCGUAGACGUAUGCUGUUCUUGUCUGAUGAAAAUAAGAUAUUAGCCAAGUUUUGGAUGUCCUCCAGAGACUGAUUCUUACUAAGGACGUUGGAAGUUUUUCAGCCAAACAGACUCCAAGGCAUCCAUAGCAAUGAGAUUCAGACCUAGGCAUACCCUCUCUCAUGAUGAGGCAGUCCAACAGGCGAUGAAGCGUAACAAGUUCAACGAGAACGUCCAGACUUCUUUCUUCAUCACGCUCGUCAACAACGGACUUCCUCUGGUACUGUUCGUAGCUGUGGUUGCGACCUGCAUCUACACUCGAUCCUUUUACAAGGCUGGAUACCUGUUGGCUUCUAUUGCUGCGUUUCUGUCCAUUGCGUACUUUAUCUGGUACUUCGUAUCAUACCUGUUCAUCUAUGUCAUCUUGUACAUCAAGAAGAUGGUGACAAGCACAUUCAGCCAAGGCCAUAGCAUUCAAACUCAGAAAGAUAAGAAGCUGUGAAUUCUUUUUGAAUGGUAUGAUAUGUACAAGUAUGGUACUAGUUCUCUAUAUUUCAUGCAUGUACACUGAAUAUCUUUAUAGAAUCAGUAAACCAAAUCAAUUGUUAUAGGCAGGUUUUGUUGUGUUCAGUGAACUAUAUUAAGGGUAAAAGUGAAUUAAGAUAAAGCUAGCUGCUACAUUUAUUAACUGAUACUGGAACCCAGUUAUACAUGUAUCUAGCAGUGUGAGAAAAGGGAAGGGGAUUAUUAUUAUGAUUGCAAAAUCAUCACACUACAUGUAUAAUUCAUUAUUAAUGCAUCAUAACUAGUUGGAGUCAGUUACAGUAUGUCCUUCUUUUCUUGUCAAUUACUUUCAAAUGAACAUUGAUUUCUUGACUAAAGAUCUGUGGUCAAUAAUUUCAAUCAUCGAUAUACAUGUGCAUGUAAUUGCUUUAUGAUGGUAGAGUUCAUAAGUGCACCCAAUGCUAGCAAACAAGCUACCUACAUGAUGUACAUGUAGGUUAAUGUUUGCAUGUGUGGUGAUGAAUUCUACAACAGUACGCACAGGGGUACGUACAACAUGAAUGGGAGGAGAGAAUCUCAAAGAAUUUAUUUUUUUUAAUUCCACCAAAAAAAAAAAAACAGUUCAUUAUUGUGUUAACUGUUUGAAAAGAACCAUUCUGUGAAUAUUAAACUCAUUAUUACAUGUGUAAUUUUAAUGAAUUCAUGAUAUUGUAAAAUAUGAAAAACUGAAUGACGUUCGUGCAGGGACGUGAGAGGGAGAGGUUAAUGUAUGCAUGCUUGUUUUAUUUCAGUCAUCUGAAAGAAACAAGCCUGGAAAUGUCAAGAACAGCCAAGGGGACUUUGCGGCUUUCUGCUCCCCCAGAAUCUCUAGUUCAGGGUUCAAUGCGGAAACGGUCCACAAAUUAUCAGGAGUAUGACCGAAGGCGACAGAAACAAAGAAGAGAUGCUCUUAGAAAAGAUGAUAGUGAGGCAGCUAAAGUUAAGAAGGAGAUGGAGAGAGAAGCUGCACGAAUCCGGCAGCAGAGGAGGCGACAAAAGCUCAAAGAGCAAGGAGUAUCAAGCCAAGGAAAUAAACAAGUUGUGCAAGCGAAAAAGCUGGAUCCCGGAUCUCGAAAAGCUUACUUCAGAGAAUAUCGAAGAAAGUGGAGAGCUUCAAUUUCAAUAGAUAAGCAGCAGGCUAUUAAAGAAAAGGAAAGAGAAAAGUAUAAAAAGAAAAGGCAGAAUCGAAAUAGAGAGAUGAGAAAGGAGACUGAAGUUUGCCAUGAUAAAGUGGAAUCUGGUCUUGCCUUGGGAAACGAUGCAGAGUCUGAAUACAGGAAAGAAAUAUCUGAAUCUAAAGAUCAAGAUCAAAACGAAGAUAUGGAUGCAACCUUCCUUGAGCAGAGUAUGCAUGAGAAUACAGAGACACACCCAGAGUAUGAGGUCUAUCAUGUUAUCCACGUUAAAGAAGAAACUCCUGAUUUUGCCCUUCCCGAUGAAAUGGAAUGGCGUAAGCUUGAAGAAUCACAACAGAACGGGAAAGCAGAUGCGACUUACGAAGAGCAGAGAGGGGAUGAAAAUACAGAGACACAACGAUGUGAGAGUCAGGUCUGUCACAUCCAUAUUAAAGAGGAAUCUCCUGAUCUUGCCUUUCCAAUAAGUGUUGUGGAGUCUGACCAUAGGAUAAACAAAGCUAAAGAGCAAAAACAAGGCAGGGAUUCAGAGAAAUCCCAUUCUGGGUAUGAUCAUGUUGAACAAAUGGUCUCUAAGUUAGCGAAACACCAGAAGAAGAAGUAUUUGGAACAAGUUUUGUGUAUACAAAGAGAUGGGCAGAAUCUGUAGAAACAGUCCAUUCAAUUUUAUGUUCAAACUAAUUGAGAUUUCCAUGAAAGCUUUUUCAUUUUUAAGCAAUGCAUGGAUUCAGGAUUGUUAUAGGAAGUAUCUUGUUAAUUCAAAAGUCAUUAUUGUCAUUUCCCAACUGAUUCUUAUUGCUUCUAUUGACAUCUUUUUUCUCACUAGGGUCACUUCCUUCCAUUAAUUUGCAUUCAAGAAGUAUAAAAACAGAAAAUCCUGUAACGAAAUUUUCCUGUCGUAUACUCCAUAUCGUAACUGUGUUGGCUUUGGGGCAUACACAUUCAUACAUGUAUACAUAUAAUCUAGUAAUGAAUGGAAUAGUGAUAGACGCAUUUGGGAUUUACCAAAGACAAAUGUAGGCUUAAAAAAGAGAGUCUUUUUUUUUUGCCCCCAAGCCCGCCCCAUGUAUAUUUACUGUACCAGACUACCAGUACAUUAAAAAUCUCACUGUAACAUCUCAAAGUAUGUAAUCAAAUAUAGCCAUCAUAAAAAUAAUCAGCCUUAUUGAUUUGUUCAAAGGGCAUCUUGCAAUAAAAUACUGAUGUCACCAUCUGUGAAUCUUAGGUCAACACAAUUCAGCUUGUAUAGGACAUGAGACCACACACAAGAGCUGACCCAGUCAUUUCCAUGCAGGGGACGCGGGCCAUCAUGUAUAGCACUUAUGUCACACAGUUUUUCUGCAGCAUACCUAAGAUGUUUGAUUUACCUGUAACUUGUCUACAGUUUACAGUAUGUUUUUACCAAAGACGAUGGACAUAAAACAAAUAUAGUGCUUCAAAAAGGACUAGUGAAACUUUAGUGACUCUCUCAUUCUUCCUCCCUCUCCUCCCCCUCUCUCUCUCUUUUCAUCCUGUCCAUCCCAUCCUCUUCCUCUCUCUUUCUUCCUGUAUAUUUGUAAAUUCUGUUUUCUUAAUUCAUUCUCAUGUCAAUUCUAUACUGAUUGCUGCUGCAUGUUCUACCAAUGACUGUUUGGAUGGCCCAUUGAAAAGCAUUGUAGAUACUUUUUAAACAACUCCAUGGCAGUUCACUUUUUUGAUUGUGUUGUGUCUUACAAGUAUUUUAACUACAAAUUUACAUUAAUUGAAGAUUUCUUUUUUUUUUUACAUCUCAUUUCCACCAUCUCAUCUUGUAUUUCACACAGACUCUCACCUUUGUUUUACGUCCAGUAAUUAUUGCCUGUGUUUGAUUCACAUGAAACACUAAAAGGGGAAUUUUACACUGAAGACAAGCUUGUAAAACAUACCAGAUAAAAGGAAUAAAAGGAAAAAUCAAUCUUAAGCUUAAGAAAGUUAUUAGAAUGUUUUUUUCUAAAUUUGUGACAUUUCGCUGUUGGGCUGAUAAAGCCUUGUAUCUCAAAAUUUCAAUAAUUUGAUUACAUCAUUACAGCUCAGAAUUAGCUAGAUUUUAGAGUUAUAAAGUGGGUAGAAACCUUCUUUUACCUCAAAAGAGUUCUUCAGUUAUCAAGAGACUAUUUUCAGACAAAAUGAGGUCCUCACUUUCAAGGGGGGGGGGCACACUUGGGUAAAAGUCGUAUAUUUACAUAACAAAUUUUGAUUAUGGCUCUCAAAGGGAGGGGGCACGGGCCAGCAGUGCCCCCCCCCCCCUGGAUCCACCAGUGGUUGCUAUAAUUUUAAAAUACAGUCUUUUCUAAGCUGACCUCAAAAUUGUUUAAUUUUGAGAUAUGAGGUUUUAUCAGCCCACCAGCGAUAUACUAGCAGCUGCCCCGUAUGUUAUGCGAUUUAUGCCUUACUUUCAAUUAUUCAAUGGUUCAUGAAGACCUUUUUAUUCUAAGGUAAAUGAUUUUUUGAUGUACUGAAAGUAAAAUGAAAACUAUUUUCAAAUUUUUUGAGAAAAUGGCAUUUCAUUGAUGAAUUACUGCAUGAUACAUGUGUUGGGAAGCUGCUCACAUAUAACGUCACAUAUUGUAGAAAUUCUAAUUUUUUUAUCUAAUGAAUUUUCCAACCUUCAACAUAGUUUUUUAUUUUGUUUUCAGUAUUAUUACAUUAAACUCUUUUGUCAGGUUGAACUUCCCCUUUCAUAUUGUACUUCAUGUCACACUAUUUUUUAGAUUGUGCUUCUCAAUAGAAGAUAUUUUGAAAUAUUCGAGUGCAAUACAAUUUCUAGAAAGGACCAAGUAAUUAAGAUGUAAUUGAAAUGCAUGUUGAUUUUUUGUAUAUGUGUAUUAAAAAAACAACUAAUUUUGUGUUGCAUUAAUAUGAGAAGAAGAAGAUCUUAUGUGGAAUGUUCGGUUUACAGCGAUUUAUGCAUGGUCUGGAAAAUCGUUCAACUUUAAUUUUUUUUCAUUUAUUAAUGCAAUUAUCAACAUUGUUUUUAUGUAACUUUGAUAUAUGCAAUAAUUUCGUUUUGUAAAUGCAUGCAAUCUUGAAUCAAGGGAGUAGGCCUUGUGAGAAAGUUAUCUUGACUUCUGGUACAUGUAAUUACUACAUGAUACAUAUAAAUAUGUUUACCAGAGAUAUCAAAGUACCAUUUUAGUAUGUUUUGAUGUUAGUGAUAAUAAUAAUAGAUGGGAUUUAUAAUGCGCCAAAUCCACUCUGCAGCGUGGCCAAUCAUGAGCAGAUGCAUGUUAUCAAUUGUGAGGAUGAAUUUGCAUUCACUCAAAUUAUAUUAGGGCUAUGCUUGUAUAUAUAUCCUUUAAUGUGUAAUCAGGAAACUAAUGCUCAGAUUGAGAGGGCGAUAUGAUUAAUAUGAAUACAUGAAACUUCAACACGA